CUCGCGAUCGUCCUCGAUCCGGCAGCGCAUGCACGAGCAGUGGAUGCGAGACCCGGGUCGCACUCCACAUUUGGUAGUGCCCAUCACGCCGCCCCCCUCUUCAUUCUCUAGUCUUCUGCCUUCUCCCCAGCAUUUAGCCCCGAACCCACCGUGUACCCACACUGCGGCCAGCAGCGCGGAGAGGAAUUAAGCUUUGCCGACACCACACUGCAUCCCAUUCCCACCGGGUACCUGGAGCAAGCAUGGCAUCGCAGCCCGCGCGCGCGUGAGCUGUCUGUCGCCGGUGGAUAAAGCCGUGGUGGAGCGGGGAAGGGGGGAAGGCAUUGGCCAUGGUGAUCGUCGCCAUGGCCGUGUGAUGCUCUAGCUAGAGGAGCACGCGGUGGCCGGAAGAGUUUUUUUUUUUUGUUUCCUGUAGAGAGACAAGGGGAGGAGAAGUAAGCGGGGAGAGGUCAGGAAUGGCGGCACUGGCUGCCUCUUGGCCUUGGGCCGGCCUCUUCUUCCUCCUCGCGCUUCUGGCGGUGGCGGGAGCCGACACCGACGCCGGCGACGUCGCGGCGUUGGGGAACCUCUACAGCUCCUGGAACAGCCCGGCGCAGCUCACCGGCUGGUCCGCCGCCGGCGGCGACCCCUGCGGCGCCGCGUGGGCGGGCGUCACCUGCUCGGGCACCGCCGUCACCUCAAUCAAGCUUUCUGGUAUGGAGCUGAAUGGUACUCUUGGUUACGAACUGUCCAGUCUACAGGCACUGAAAACAAUGGAUUUAAGUAACAACUUCUUGCAUGAUUCAAUUCCUUACCAGUUGCCAUCAAACCUUACCUAUCUGAAUUUGGCGAAAAAUAACCUUUCUGGUAAUCUUCCGUACUCCAUAUCCACCAUGGUUUCACUUGAGUACCUCAAUCUCAGCCACAACUCAUUAUUUCAGGAAAUUGGUGAACUGUUUGGAAGCCUCAAUUCACUUUCAGAACUAGACAUAUCUUUCAACAACCUGACGGGGAGUCUUCCAAUUUCAAUGGGCUCUCUGUCAAAAGUUUCUAGCCUUUACAUGCAAAAUAAUCAACUAUCAGGCACAGUUGAUGUCCUCAGCAACCUAAGCCUUGCGACACUAAAUAUUGCAAACAACAAUUUCAGCGGCACGAUACCACAAGAAUUGAGCUCGAUUCCAAAUUUGAUAGUUGGAGGAAACUCAUUUGCCAAUAUGCCUGCCUCCCCACCGCCAACUCUCACGCCACCUCCAAAGAAUACACGUGAUCAGCCAAACCAUCCUCAAGGACCUAUAAGUGCUCCAAUUGUCCCUGAGACUCCUAUUGAUCAGGACGACAAGAAGCUGCAAACAGGUCCUCUUGUAGGGAUAGCUGUUGGCUCAAUAGCUGUUGGCUCAUGCGUACUUUUCGCGUUGGUAUUCUGCCUUCACAAGACCCGGAAAAGAAAUGAUGAUGCGAGCAGUGAACCAAAAGAUAUUGUAGGUUCCCUUGCAGUAAACAUAGAGAGAGCAUCUAAUAGGGAAACCCCGAUCCCGAAUAACAGCCAUGAAAAUGCUGUUGUAGCAACUUCAGAUCUCCAACCUAGUGGAAAAAUGACUCCAGAGAGAGUUUAUGGUACAAAUGGUUCUACUGCAAAGAAUGCAAAGGUCCCUGUGACGGCAACUUCAUAUACAGUUGCUGCUCUCCAAGUUGCUACGAACAGCUUUUGUCAAGACUCUCUCCUAGGCGAGGGUUCGCUUGGUCGUGUUUACAAGGCUGAUUUUCCCAAUGGGAAGGUACUUGCUGUCAAGAAGAUAGACAGCGCCUCACUGUCUCUGUACGAAGAAGAAAAUUUCCUUGAGGUUAUCUCGAACAUUUCCCGGCUGAGACAUCCAAACAUUGUGCCUCUUACAGGCUACUGUACUGAACAUGGGCAAAGGCUUCUCGUGUACGAGUACAUUGGAAACGGAACGCUGCACGAUAUACUGCACUUCUCUGAUGGAAUGAGCAGGAAACUCACAUGGAACACCCGUGUGAGGAUAGCACUGGGCACCGCCCGCGCUCUAGAGUACCUGCAUGAGGUGUGCAUGCCCCCUGUCGUCCAUAGGAGCUUCAAGUCGUCCAACAUCCUGCUUGAUGAGGAGUACAGUCCACAUCUCUCUGACUGUGGCCUUGCUGCUCUGUCACCAAAUCCUGAGAGAGAGGUUUCAGCUGAGGUGGUUGGGUCUUUCGGAUACAGCGCCCCCGAGUUCGCCAUGUCAGGAACAUACACCACCAAGAGCGACGUGUACAGUUUCGGAGUGGUGAUGUUGGAGCUGCUGACAGGCCGUAAGCCUCUGGAUAGCUCCAGGGAGAGGUCAGAGCAGUCCCUAGUGAGAUGGGCGACCCCGCAGCUCCAUGACAUCGACCUGCUUGCCAAGAUGGUGGAUCCUGCCAUGGACGGGCUGUACCCUGCAAAAUCCCUCUCCCGCUUCGCCGACAUCAUCGCGAUCUGCGUCCAGUCGGAGCCGGAGUUCCGGCCGCCGAUGUCCGAGGUGGUGCAGCAGCUGGUGCGGCUGAUGCAGAGGGCUAGCAUCAUCCGGCGGCAGUCCGAUGAUCUGGGGUACUCGUACAGGGUGCCCGAAGGCGGCACGGGCGACGCCAUCUGAGGGACAGAGAUCAAAAGCUCUUUUUUCAGAUGGUGUACCGUGCUCGGAAGAAAGAAAGGCAAAUUGUUGCCGAGGCAGAGCCCCAUCCAUCAGCAUUCAGCAAGAAGCCAAGAACAGGGUCGAUCUGGCCACGUUUGGCCUUUGGGUGCUGGAUUGUUCAUCAAAUUUUUAUUUUUGUCGUGUCCUCUAUAGACUACAGUUGUGCUCUGUUAUUGAGAUGUACAGUACAGGAAGAGUCUGUCUGUCUAUUGGGAGUGGGACAUGUAUCUAUAGUGUGCGUUCGGGCAAUUGGUAGAUAAGAUAUACUAGUGUGUGUGUGUAGAAAGGAAAAGAAGUGGAAUUUGCUGUGGUAGACGACUGUUGGUGCUUGGACCUCUUUAACUGGCUGAUGCUGUCA